GCAAGCUCCAACCAAUAACCAUCAUCAUAAUACGAUGCGCAUAACCAGAGACAACUUGCUUCACGCUGCAAAAUCCUUAUGUAUUGAUUUCGCAUCCAAGAAAGAUCCAGACGCUCUCAUAACGCAUUUUUCCACAACGCACCAGUGCGUAGCAUAUGAACAUGGCUUACCCAUUCUUGCCCCAUUUCUGGGUCGUCACUUCGUCGGGCGUGACGGAGUACGGGAUUACUUCAAAACCAUAGCCUCGACCUUGAGCUUUGAGAGUAUGAAGUUUUCAGAAUACAUCGUCGAUCCAAACGUUCAGAAAGUUUCGGUGAAAGGUCAAGCAAGAUUUACCUGGUUGAGCACAGAACAGAGCUGGGACGAGAUAUUUACAUAUGUGCUGGACUUUGAUGAUGAUUGCAAGGUUACGGAUUAUCAAGUUUGGGCAGAUACAGGCGCCGCGUACCUCGCUAGCAGAGGUCAGCUGGGCGCGAAUUAGGAUUGCAGUAAGUGCCUUUGAUCCGUCUGAUCAGGUGCUGAUGAUUUUAAGCUUGAUUUGACGCAUGCGUCCAUGGGAUCUACCGUGUAUAUCUAUAUCAGAUGACAUGAAAAUCUGGCCUACACCGUUUUUUUUGCCUUGUGUCACCCACCAUUCUUUGAGAAUCAAGAUGAGUCGCCAGCGGUCUCCUAUCCGGCACCGAGCCUUAUCAUACCCUUUUCAGUUCCAUCACUUGAUUUCCAUUUUCAUAUUUUUAAAAAGCAUUGUUGCAGAACUGCCAAGAAUCCCUUUUAGAGGUCAGCACGCGACGAUCCUUCCACGCGUAUUUUGCUGCCAGUAUCUGUCGCUUUUGCACGCUAGUCGCCCUGCCAUAUGCAGGGGAUCUUUCGGCAGAGCGACGAAUGAUUUCAAUACUUGUUUGACAACCUAUCUAUGUCUGCUGUUUGUGAUCCGAAAAGUUUAUCGACAGU